GGUGGCAGUUUGGGCGAAGCAUUGGUUAAUAAGGAUGAUAGAGACGACUCCUCGUUCUCGGGGGUAGAGCGAAGAACACAGAGCCAUGGCGCUCGCUAUUUCUAAUCUCCCGUUCCUUUCUUCUUCUUUUUCGUCUAGGAUGCAGGCGAGAACCGGAAAUGGGAAUUCAUGGGGUUUAUCCAGUUUGAGCUCACAGUUCCAGGUUGUUUCGCGGUUGCAAAACAACAGUGGUCGUGGUGGUGGCCGUGUUUGGCGCAGAAGAAAAUUGACAAAGAAGGAUGACAUGCUGCGGUAUAAGUUGGAAAGAGUUCCUUUCUUGGAGGAGGAGAUAAGAAAGAUAAGGGAAGGGGGAAAGCUUUUGACCAUGGACAUCCACAGACUGUUGCUAUCAGAGGAUAACCGGUUUGAUUUUGUCAAUGAAAUAGCAGCUGAGGCCAAUGAAUUGGUUGAGACCAACAUGGACGACUAUGGAGGGAAGAAGAAAGCUAUACUUCAGGUGCUCAGUGACCGAGUGACUGAUACCACUGGGUUUUACCGCCCAGAUGCUUAUGCUGAAUCUGAUCCUUUCAAGCCUGGACCCAACUACUUGAAGGAGGAAUUUACAUAAACUAAUAAAUGUUAGUUUCCCUUGUAUUUCAACAUUGUACCUGUACCAGAAAUGUUCUUUAUUGUACCAUCAUUCCCUUCAAAUUGAUUAUUAUGGUUAUAUCUCAACCAUGAUUUUCCUACUAACUCGUUAGGCCUGAAUUUUGUUC